GCGACCCGCCCCCCAGCGGCAACUCGGCGCAGCUCUGCCACGGCAGCAGUCGCGUCGCAGAGGUGACCCCGAACAGCCGGUGGACCCGCCGCUCCUGCAGACAUGGGUGAACCUGUCAGAGUGCUGGUGACUGGAGCAGCUGGGCAGAUCGCUUACUCCCUCCUCUACAGCAUUGCCAAGGGUGAUGUCUUCGGCAAAGACCAGCCUCUUAUUCUUGUGCUGCUGGACAUCACUCCUAUGAUGACGGUUCUGGAAGGUGUGGUGAUGGAGCUGCAGGACUGUGCUCUGCCACUGCUCAGAGAGGUCAUUCCAACAGACAAGGAGGAAGUUGCAUUCAAAGACCUUGACAUAGCAAUUCUGGUUGGCUCCAUGCCAAGGAGAGAGGGCAUGGAGAGGAAGGAUUUACUCAAAGCAAAUGUGAAAAUUUUCAAGUCUCAGGGUGCAGCCUUGGACAAGUAUGCCAAAAAGACUGUCAAGGUUGUGGUUGUUGGGAAUCCAGCUAAUACCAACUGUCUGAUUGCAUCAAAGUCAGCCCCAUCCAUACCAAAGGAAAACUUCAGCUGCUUAACUCGUUUGGAUCACAACAGAGCCAAAUCUCAGAUUGCUCUGAAACUUGGUGUGACUGCUAAUGAUGUGAAGAAUGUCAUCAUCUGGGGCAACCACUCUUCCACUCAAUAUCCUGAUGUUAACCAUGCAAAAGUAAAUGUGAAAGGAAAGGAAGUUGGAGUCUAUGAAGCUAUAAAAGAUGACAGCUGGCUGAAGGGAGACUUUAUCCUGACUGUUCAGCAACGUGGAGCAGCUGUUAUUAAGGCCAGGAAGCUGUCCAGUGCUAUGUCAGCUGCCAAAGCUAUCUGUGAUCAUGUGAGGGACAUCUGGUUUGGCACUCCAGCGGGGGAGUUUGUUUCGAUGGGAGUAAUUUCUGAUGGCAAUUCUUAUGGUGUUCCUGAAGACCUGCUAUAUUCCUUCCCUGUUGUGAUCAAGGACAAGACCUGGAAGUUUGUUGAGGGUCUUCCUAUUAAUGAUUUUUCCCGUGAGAAGAUGGAUCUUACUGCUAAGGAGUUAGCUGAAGAGAAGGAGACUGCUGUGGAAUUCCUCUCCAGUGCAUGACUAGAUCAGGAGGAAAUACGAAAUCAUUUAAGAGUGGACGAAUUGAAAAGCCGUCUGUAGGUCUGCUACCAAACACCACUGCUGUAUCCAAGUCAACUGUCUGUGGCCAUUGUGCAUUUUAAGGUUCAUAUGCUUACUGGUACUUCGUGCCUCUUGAGUUAUUAGCAAAAUAUUAUUAAAGAAGUCAAACUAGUUUGUUGACCAAACUCUUUGUCUGUUCAAUACUGGUUGCUUUCUGUGUAUGGUACAGGAUAAUUGUUGCCUUGGCCUUGGUUACUAAUUCACAGUCUGAGUUUUGAUUAGAAUUUGGCACUACUGGAACAUGCCCUAGUCCAUGAUCACUUCAGCAUCCUCUGUCUCAACUGAAAAUGAAUGCCAGUAAUUCUCCUUGAACUGGUAGUUAGUUCAGUGACCCAAGUCUAUCACUGAACAGACUUCAAGUAAAUACAGUUCACUCUGAUUAUGCUUACAGUGUUUGUCAAUAGAAAUAUUAAAAGUUGUUCAAUCAGAUACUGGCUAAGAGUAGUCUGUUGCACUUUAUUUGCAUAUUUUAGUUAUGUAACUAACACAAUUUGUUAGUGCAAGAUAAAAAAAGCCCUGAAAGCCUAUUUUAGGAAACUGAGGGAAACUAGUUUAAACUUUAAGCAUUACUAGCUUUCGCAAUGACUAACAUUUCCCUUUGUCUGAGUUGGUGUCUGUCCUGUUCUAAUAGAAGUUUCUGCCUUGUACUAAAGUAAAUCUUGGUCUGUCA